AUGAUCGUCCCGAUAAUCCUCCUCCUUAUAGCAGCCACUGCAGCAAUCGAAUACGACUACAUCAUAGUCGGCGGUGGCACAAGUGGCCUCGUCGUCGCUAACCGUCUAUCUGAAAACCCCGACAUUUCUGUGCUCAUCAUCGAAGCUGGACCAUCCGUCCUGCACAAUAUCAAUGUGACUGACGUGGACCGCUAUUCAUACGCCUUUGACACAGAGAUAGAGUGGGCGUAUGAAACUAUACCGCAGGAGUUUGGGGGACGAUCGCAGAUUCUUCGGGCUGCGAGGGCACUUGGGGGGACGAGUACUAUCAACGGACUUGCAUACGUCCGCUCAGAAGACGUCCAAAUAGACGCCUGGCAAGAAAUCGGGAAUGAAGGCUGGACCUGGGCGAAUCUCCUCCCCUACUACCUGAAAAGCGAAAACUUCACUGUCCCAGAUAGCAAGCAGAUCGAAGCCGGUGCUACAUACACACCCAACUAUCACAACUCCAACGGGCCUGUGCAGGUUUCAUUCAAACACAUGGAAAAGAAAGCGAACGAUCUCACCUCCGUUUUGAACCGUACAUUUGACUCUCUUGGACUGCCGUGGAAUCAGGAUUUGAAUGAAGGCCAUCUGCGAGGGUUUACAUUUCAUCCGUAUACCAUUGACGCGGAUGAGUAUGUGCGACAUGAUGCUGCGAGGGCUUAUUAUUGGCCGUAUGCAGCUCGGGAUAAUCUGCAUGUCAAGUUGAAUACAUUCGUUAAUCGGAUUGUAUGGAGAGGAGAGAGGGAUGGUGAUGAUAUCAGUGCAGCUGGCGUGGAAGUGGCAGGCGAUGAUGGCGUUUCUCGUUUCAACGCAAAGAGAGAUGUUAUUCUUGCUGCUGGCUCUCUUCGGUCUCCUGCUAUUCUCGAGCUUUCUGGUGUUGGGAAUCCAAGCAUCCUCGAACAAUACGACAUCCCCGUCCGCAUCAAUCUCCCCACCGUCGGCGAAAACCUCCAAGAACAACUGAACACCUCCAUGAUCGCCACGACAAACACACCCAUGACCGGUUCCAGAACAGUUGCAUUCGCCUCUGUAUCUGACAUAUUCGGUGACUCCGCUUCCGACAUUGCAGCACUCACCCGCGCACACCUCCCCAAAUACGCCAACAUAACCGCAACGGCCAGCAGCGGCACCAUGAAAGCCGACCAUCUGCAACAGUUAUUCGAAACUCAGCACGAUCUUAUAUUCAAAGAUAACAUCCCCAUCGCCGAGUACAUCUUCACAGCUGGCGAAAAAGACUUUCAAGCUGGAUAUUGGGGUCUGUUACCCUUUGCACGUGGAAAUGUGCACAUCACCUCAGCGGAUCCGGCAGUUAAACCAGCGAUUAACCCGAACUAUGGGAUGAUUGAUUGGGACGUGGAGAUUCAGAUCGCCAUGUCGAGAUAUAUUCGGUCAAUGUAUCGGACUAAACCGCUGAGUCAGUUUAUUCGGAAUGAAACGCUUCCUGGGUUGGGUGUCGUUCCUGAGGAUGCGAGUGAUGGGGUUUGGACGGAUUGGGUGAAGGAGCAGUAUACACCAAACUACCACCCUAUUGGAACUGCCGCUAUGCUGCCGCGGUCUAUGGGAGGUGUAGUCGACAACAAGUUGAAGGUCUACGGCACGACCAAUCUGCGGGUUGUGGAUGCUUCUAUUCAUCCCCUUCAGCUGUGUGGUCAUCCAAUGAGUAACCUAUACGCCAUCGCAGAGCGACUGUCGGACUUGAUGAAGGAAGAGAUGUAG